GUAAUCAAAGCUACUAUCACAGCUAUAGAUAGUACUAUCUAUAAUUGAAAUCCUCGAUAUCAAAUUAUCAAAAAUUAAUGUAAAUAUUUCUUAUCAUGUUAUGGAAAAACUUACGUGUGAAAUUUUAAAUUUUAAAAGUUAUAAAUUAUUUUAUUCAAUCUCAAUUCUUAAUGUAUAGAACUAUACAGUUUACGAGAGUUUUAGUUUUUAUUUAUUAAUUAAAAAUCAUUAAAUUUAGAUACUUAUAUUCAAACCAUGAUAUUUAUUGGAAAUUAACGUUCGUUUUCACUUCAACCCAAAAGAUCGAAUUAUUGGUGUUUUUAUGUCCACCACAUUGAGACUAAUAUGGUUCAUAUGAAUACAAUGUCGUAUGAUGGGAUGAUGCGGAUGAAAAUAAUGUGGACAUAGCAAAAUAGUAAUUUAAAUCAUUUGUAUUAAACUAACAUCAACUGUGAAAUGGAGUUCAGUACACAUUUUGUGUUUGAUGUCUUGGUGAUUUUAUUAUCACAGACUGUUUUCCUUAUGUGUGGUUGGGUGUAUUUUGUCAAGAAACUAUUUAAAGACUAUGAAGUGCAUCACAAAACAAUUCAACUAAUAUUCUCAGUCACUUUCUGUUUAUCCUGUACAAUGUUUGAACUUAUCAUAUUUGAAAUUGUUGGUAUACUAGAACCCAGCUCUCGCUAUAUAUUUUGGAAUAUAAUACUUUACAAAAUGUUAUUUAUGGUUGUUGUACUUAUACCAUUUUACUUAUGUUAUUUUACUUUGAGUAAUAUGUAUCCAUUUUUCCAAAAGAAAGUUGGAAUUUUGGCUUCAGUUAUUUGGAUAUUAUAUUUAUUCUUAUUUUGGAAAAUGGGUGACCCAUUUCCUAUGUUGCCACAAGAAAAAAAAGGCCAUUUAUUUAUAGAAAACUGUAUUAGCAGAAUUGGCGUCAUUGGUGUAACAGUUAUGGCAUUACUAUCUGGUUUUGGUGCAGUUAACUACCCUUAUUCUUCAAUGGCGUACUUUAUAAAAGCAGUAACCGGAGACGAUGUCAUAAACGUAGAAAAACAACUUCUUCAAACAAUUGAUGUUGUUACAGCUAAGAAAAAAAAAAUUUUAUUGGCAGAAACUAAUGCUGGCGUGAGUACUUUUGGAUUUAUGGAUAUGUUAAAAAGAGUCAAGUCAAAUGUAUCCAGUGAUUUAAGAGGAAUUAAAAGUGAUAUUAAAGCAUUAGAAGAGCUUAGUAGGCAUUUAUUUUUGGACACACAUGAUCUAAACAACACUCUGGAGCGUACUGCUUGGGCAAAAACAUGGAAAGGGAAAUACUUCAAUUUCCUAGGUUAUUUUUUCUCAUUAUAUUGUGUCUGGAAAAUAAUCAUAUCCACCUUAAAUAUAAUGUUACAAAGAGUGGGGAAAAAAGAUCCAGUUACAAGAGGAAUGGAGAUUUUAGUUGAAUUGGUUGGCAUUGAUGUUGAUGUAUCAUUUUGGUCACAACAUGUAUCAUUUUUAUUGGUUGGAUGUAUCGCAUUCACAUCAAUAAGAGGUCUCCUCUUAACUUUAACAAAGUUUUUCUAUGCACUUUCGAGCAGUAAAUCAUCAAAUAUUAUUGUAUUAAUAUUUGCCCAACUUAUGGGCAUGUAUUUUGUAUCAUCUGUAUUAUUAAUGCGUAUGAAUAUGCCAGCUGAGUAUAGAGCUAUCAUUACAGAAGUACUUGGUGAUCUACAGUUUAGUUUUUACCAUCGCUGGUUUGAUGUUAUAUUUUUAGUAAGUGCGGUAUCAUCACUAACAUUUUUAACAUUUGCACAUAAGCAGAGUAAAGUAGACCUACCACCUAUGAUUUAAUAUUUAAUUAUUGUCUGAUUCAGCAUAUUUCAUUUUAUAUAAUGUAUAUAUGUAUCAAAUAUAAACCUAAUGAUUAUAAUUGUUAAAUGUGAUUUAUAUAAAAAAAAUAACUAUUUUUUAGUAACAAUACAUUUUAAGCUAAAUACUUAAAUCUAAUUUUAUAUUAUUAAUGUGAAAUUAAUAGAAUACUUUAUUUUUUCUGUCUAUAUUUUUUAUAAAUGUGUUCUAAAUGAUCUCAUUAAUGGUUUAAUGUUUUAAGUGAUGUAUAAGUAUAAAAUAAACAUUACCUAAAUGCCCAAAAAUGUGUUUUUAUAAUUCC